GUCAAAGUCAAAUUAAAUGACUACAAAAGAAGUAGAAAAAGAUUUCAAGGGAUGAUAAUCAAUUUGAUCAUUUUAUUUGACUAAACAGAAAAUUUAAUAGAUCGAGCAAAAUGGAGUGUGUAGGUUCUAAAAGUAAUUGUACUGAUGAAAAACACUUGAAUAUUGUGGAAAAAAAUUGUACCAAAGAAGAGAGUGAUAAGUUAACUGAACCGUCAGACUGCAAGAUUCCUAAAACAGAUAUGGAUGAAACAAAUUCUAUUAAUAACACUGUGAAUGGUGAAGAUGACAUGGUUGAGGUGAAAGUUGUAUAUAAUAAAAAGAAAUAUGAUGUUUCAACUACAUCCAAGACCACUAUCUCCGACUUCAAGAAACAAUUACAGGGUUUAUUAGGUGUUCCAGAUGCAAUGCAAAAACUCAUGUAUAAAGGUCUUCUUCAAGAUAAUCAAACAGUUUCUAGUUCAGGCAUCACUAAGGGAUCCAAGAUUAUGUUAGUUGGUUCAACUUUGAAUGAUGUUCUGGCUGUUUCAUCAGUCAGCAAGCAGGACAUAGUAGAAAUGGAGAAAGCUACAACGUCUAAAGAACCCCUAUGCAAGCAAAAAAUCCACCGAAAAGUCUUAGAUAAAGGACUGCCAGAAGACGUUAUGCCAGGAAUAAAAAAUAUCAAGGAAGAAUUGCCACCUGUGCCCUUAUCCGGUAUGUUGAAUAAGCACGGGGGGAAAGUUAGGUUAACUUUUAAAUUGGAAAGCGAUCAGUUGUGGUUGAGUACCAAGGAAAGAACCGAGAAGUUACCCAUGGGCUCCAUCAAAAGUGUAGUUUCGGAACCUAUAGAGGAAUACGAGCAGUAUCAUAUAAUGGGAAUUCAAUUGGGGCCCACCGAAGCUUCUCGAUAUUGGAUCUACUGGGUUCCAGCACAGUAUAUAGAUGCCAUUAAAGAUGCUGUUUUGGGAAAGUGGCACUAUUUUUGAUUUGGAGGCAUUUCCGCUUAGAAAAAAGCUGAUCAUUAUAGAGUUGAAAAAGUUUGCAAAAGUGACGGUUAUAUUAACCAUCAUUAUGCAUUCUACUCAAGAGAAUAACAUCUAUUUUCGUUUGUUAUAGUAAAUUCUCGUAGAUUUUAUAAUUUUAUACAUUUAUAUGUUUUGCUCGAUCAGGAUAAUUCUCAACGGAAAUUCAAACUACUUGUUUCUACCGAAUUAUGUAUUCACUUUUGUCAGAAGAUUCGUCAAUAUAAUGUAAAUGAUCGCAUAGUAAACUCCUUGAUGAGUAUCUAUUUUACUGAAUACAUUGUUUAUUCCA